CCGAAAGCUCUUCAACUAAUAAGCGCUGGGCUCAAUUUUCUCCUCGCUAUAUCGAAUUGACACAGUUAAAUCGAAACACAAUUAUAAGUCGAAAUCAAUGAAAACAGUGGCCCGCUGCACUGCAUCCGCAAUGACAGUCAAGUGAUAAGGCUCAUCAACGAAUUCGCACUUGAAUUCGCCAUUCGCAAUCAUUCUAAUUCGAUUCGAGUGAGAAAACGAAAACGAAAUCGAAAUCGAGACACGAACAGGUGAAAUGUCAACGGAAAGCAAUACGCCCGUAGAUCCGCGUGUCCAGAUCGAGCUGGAGAAGCUAAACACGGCCACGGACAAUAUCAACAAAUAUGAAGUGGAGCUCGAUGAAGCGAAAUGUGAAUUCAAGCGCCUGCUGGCGGAGAGCGUGGUGCGCAUCAAGGCCGCUGCCCACAAGCUGGGCAACUCCAUUGACGCCGCUAAGCCUUAUUACGAGUCGCGCAUCUAUGCCGCCCAGCUGGCCAAGGAGACGCAGCAGGCGGCGGCGAAUCAUGAGAAGGCCAAGUCCAUUCAUGCCGCCGCCAAGGAGAUGGUCUACCUGGCCGAGCAGGGACUCGGCGAGAAGUCCACACUGGACACCGCCUGCCAGGAGAUGCUCAGCCAUGCGGCUAGCAAAGUCAACCAAUCCCAGUUGGAGGUCACCGAUACACGCAACGCCCUCAAGAUGUGCCAACUGAAGCUCGAGGUGGCCAACAAUCGUGUCAACAAGCUUCAGGGCCAGCUCAAGCAGGCGUUGCGUGCCUCCAGAUUGCAGCUCAGGCGCAAUUUACUUUUGUUGAGAUACUUUAGCAUUUUGCACGCUUUGUAUUGUACCCUCUGCUCGCCGUACUACGAGACGCGGGCUAACUACAAUGGCCUGCUGAAGGCUCAGAAGCUGCGGGUCAACGAGCUGGAAACGAAGGUCAGCGCUGCGAAGUUGACCUACAACGAGGCGCUGAAGAAUCUGGAACAGAUCUCCGAGGAUAUACACAGACAGCGGCAGCAGCGCAACAAUCUGCUCAACUAUGAGGCAAUGCUGCGACAGGUGGAUGCCGUCGAUGCGCUAACAGCGGGCGCCGAGCAACUGCAGCCGGGUCUGGACCAGGAGCGGGAGCGAGAAAGGGAACGGGACCGGGAACGGGAGCAACAGCUGGCAACGGAGGAUGAGUAUUUGCGCAUGCCGGAACGCUUGAGUAGUGGGGCCAGUUCGCCGCGACAACGGCAGACGGAUGCGCAUGAUUGCCCCCAUCUGUUGCAUGACUUUGAGGCGGUGCUGACCUUUCCACAGAAGCUGGCUGGUGGCAUGCACAAAUCGGCCAGCACCAGCGCCACCGAUGGCGAUAAUAAUCUGUUUGCCCAGGCGCAAGGGCUGCACGGUCCCUACGAGGUGAAGCCACGCUCCGAAUCCGGCAGCAGUUCGCUGGCAUCCGCAUCGGCCUCAGCAUCCGCAUCCACUUCGGUGGCGCCGGCAGACAAUGAUAUCGAUCAGUGGACGGAGAUCCGUCUGUCGCACUCGGACAGCACCAGCUCGAGCUAUUCGAAUCAAUCGCUGCUGGAGCAGCAGGCUCUUGACGGCUGUGGUCACCAGGGAUUGGGCUACGGCCUGGGCAGCCUGGAGCCGGAUGCCCAAUCUCAGCACUCGACCUCAUCAUCGGACGAGCCAAAGCGCAAGGUUACCUGCACCACCAUAUUCCAGGACGACAGCGGCGGCGGCAUCGGUUUCGUCGGCGCCCAAAUGAGUCGCAAGCAGAGCCUCAGCCAGUGGCUGUCGCGCUCCAAUAGCUUCAAGACGAGCGGACGACGUCAGAGUCUCGAUCUGCUGAUCGAUGCCGGGGAUAAGGUGAAGGAUGUGUUCAGCUAUGGCUUUCAGAAGGUCGGACGCACUCUCGAGCGACGCAACAGCGAAUCAGAAAUGGCCAGUGAUCUUGGCGAGACGGAUGCACUGCUUGCCACAAAUGCAACAACGACAGCCACAGCCGUUUCGGCUGUGUCUGCAGCAGCAGCUGCAGCGUCCGCAACAAGUGCAAGCAGCAGCAACAACAGCAGCAGCGGCGCCGGUGAUUUUUUUCUAUUUAGCAGAUCCUCAGAACCCAAAGAAUUACUAUCCGAUGAACAGGUUGAGAAUUUACUGUUGAAUCACAUGGUUGAUGAGCACGGCGUCAUUAUUGUGGAGGAAUUAAAGUCACCAACGGCCUCAGCAGCCACAGGCAGAACAUCAACAACAAGCAUGCACCACCCACAGCAACAACCACUAAUGCAGCAGCAACCACAGCAGCAAAAAGCACAGCAGCAGCAGCAACAUCAUCAUACGGGGGCUGCACGUGCUGCUCUAUUGUUUUAAAUUGAGCCCCCAAUCAUAGCUGUACUUAAUAUGAUGAACCUGCUGCCCCCAAUGACCAUGACACAUUUCAAGCAAUUAGGAAGAGGCGUACAUAUCAUUUGACAUCAAACUCAGACCCAUUAAGCUGAUGGCACUGAAAGGAGUGAGAUCGAGGAGUUGGUGCUGCUGGAGGAGCCGCCCAAAACAUUGUACUAUUUUGUUUCUAUACAUAGUUUUGGGCUAUGUUAUUAAUCCUUACAUGUGCAAUAAUGUUGUUUAGCGUACAAAAUCCAAAAGAAAAAUUAAAAAAAAAAUCGUAGUUACAUUUUAUGCUGUUCAGAGAAGCAAUUAACUAACACCGCUAGUCAAACGCGAAAAGCAUACAAAUCAGUAUAAAGAGAAUAUUAUUAUUAGCAAAAAA